GGUCCCAUGGGAGCCCGGGGCUGGCAGCGGGCCGGUGGAUGCCCAUGGCUUUCAGCCCGGGGCUGCUGGUGGUGGCCGGCUCCUUCGCCGCUUUCCGCCUGCUGAACCGGGGGCUGGAGCGGCUGGUGCCGCCGCCGCCCUCGGCCCGGCGCAACCGCUGGAAGUGGCGCAACAUCUGGACAUCGCUGGCGCACAGCGUGCUCAGCGGCGGCGGGGCGCUGGCCGGGUUUUACCUCCACCCCGAGAUGUCCAAGGACCUGGUGGGCACACACCCGCCCGGGGCGCACAGCCUGGUCGCCGUGUCUGUAGGUUAUUUCCUUGAAGACUUUGUGGACAUGUUGUGCAAUCAGAAACUUCACCAAUCCUGGGAGCUGCUCUUCCAUCACUCUGUGGUGAUUGUUUGCUUUGGAAUUGCCGUGCUGCUCCAUCAGUACGUCGGCUUCGCCCUCGUGGCUUUGCUGGUGGAGAUCAACUCCAUCUUCCUCCACCUGCGGCAGAUCCUGCUCAUGGCCAACCUGGUGCACACCACCUGCUACCGCCUCAACAGCAUCGUCAACCUGGGCACCUACGUGGUGUUCCGCAUCGCCACGCUGGCCUGGAUGACCCGCUGGCUCUUCCUCAAUCGGCAGAACGUGCCCCCGGCGACCUACGCGGUGGGCACGGUGGGCAUGGCAAUCAUGACACCCAUGAACGUCAUCCUCUUCUACCGCCUGCUGCGGAGUGACUUCCUCAAAUCCAGCCGGGAUGUGCAGCGGGAGAAGGAGAAAUAACCCCCCACCCCACCCCUUCCCUGCGGGGUCAGGGGGAUGAGCUGCUCUGAACCCACAGCAAAGCGCAGGGCAGGGUGAACGUGGCUGUUUCAGUACCUCGUGUGGAGGGUCUGCACUAACAGAGCAGCCAGGCUUUUCUCGUGGCUGAAGGUGCUGGGCCCUGCCCGGCAGAGAAGGUGCUCGUGGAACAGGCACUGUUGGCUCUGCUCCCCAAAGACCUUCGGAUGACGUGGCUGAACAAGCGGGAGCUGCUCAGAGAAGCCUCGACGGCUCUCGCAGCUCCCGAGGGCACCGCUGAGAUGAGAAGGGAGCAGUGGAGCACUGCUUCCCCACUGCUCCUCCGGACAUCCAGACACCACAGCGUGUUUCUAACCCCAUCAGUGCCGCAGCCCCCAGUGUCCCAUCGGUCACGGGACACUGCAUCCUUUGUGGCACUUCCCAUGGGAGCACCACCAGGCAAGGCAGGCCUUCGAGGCCAGUAAAAGCCAAAUCCUGCACUGAUGGGCCCUCCCCAAGGAGAUUGUCCCAGGUGGGUGAUGGAGGGAGAGGCUGAGACCUGGCUGGGUGGGCUGCUAUCCACGGUGUUGUCCAGGUCAGGGGGAAAACACUGGGCAGUGGGUGCUACAGCACCAUCCUCUCCUGAAAACUUGAACAUUUUUUCGUGUUGUUUUGUCCCACAUAGUUGAAGUGCCCUUAAAGAAGCGUGGGAGAGCGCAAGUCGCUGGAAGGAUGAUGUUGUGGAGUUUUCAGAUGUGGAGUUCUCAGGCAUAGGCACCUUUAGGAUUUAGACAUCUGUUAGAAAUGACAAGUUGUACUGCAGGGCCCAGUGUAACACUUACCCACCAGCAAAGGCUCUUACUAACACCAGCUUUUAAUAAAUGGCUGUAAAUGA